CCACAGCCGCGAUCUCUCCCUCCUUCCCGAGCUUUCCCUUCUCUCAGGCUUCCGUGGAAGCGACCAUGGUGAUGACGAGCGUGCCAUGGCGCCCUGUCUUUGUUUCCGUGAAGCCACGAGCUCUGCGGCGGCACGCCGUGCGAGCGUUCGGGCGGGGCGACUUCGAAGGCUUCGCGCGGCGGGUGGCCUCCGGCGAGGCCCUGAAGGACGCCUGGAAAGGAGCCAACGAAGGGUUUGAAACCUUAGCAUUCGAGUCCCGGAGAAUCGCUGAGCGUCUCGACCGCAGGUUUGCUAUUUCCCGCCGCCUCGACACUGCUGCACAGGCCGCUGCCGCCCGUGCCCGCGAGCUGGACCAGGAGCUAGGGAUUGCGCGUCGAUGGCGCUCCUUUUCUGUGGAUUUCUCGCGCAACUGGCCCAGGUACAGGAAAGAGCUGAGUAAUUUUCUUGAGACUCCUCUGGGCAGGGGUUUUGCUACAAUCUUCUUCCUCUGGUUGCUUUUAUCCGGGUGGUUGUUUAGGUUCUUUAUUUUUGCAACAUGGAUACUGCCAUUUGCUGCUCCUUUACUUAUUGGAACAUUUGCCAACAGCUUUGCUAUUGAGGGUUCUUGCCCAGCAUGUAAGAGGCGGUUUGUGGGCUAUCGUAACCAGAUCAUCCGCUGCGCAGGCUGCAGAAACAUUGUAUGGCAACCAGGAAAUGAUUUUUCAAGUAGAGGAGGUGGAAGUCGGCCAAAUCCUUCUGACCCUGAUAUCAUUGAUAUUGAGAUUGAGGAGAAGUAAGAUCUGGUCUACAAUACACUGCACCACACUAUCUGUUAGCACCUAAGAGAAAAUACAAGGGAGCAAAACUUGUUCACAUGUAAAUCUUUGGAGUUUGUUUGUUUGUUUGUUUUUUUCUCUUUUAAAUUCUGUAUAACUAGUCCCAUCAUAGGAUGAUAAAGAGUGAUGUUUAUUUUUGUUUUUUUUCCUCUGAUGAAGUGAGAAUAAAUUUUGCCAGGUUAUUUACAA